GAGAGAGAGAGAGAGGGAGGAGGGAGACAACGGAUCCGCGCUUCCCCGGGCGAAUCCGCGUGCGUGAUUGAGCCUGAUGCUUCCAAAAACGAGGGACAGGUGACCAAGCAAGCGUCUUCCAGACGAGCGUCUUGAGAUAAGCUUUCCCGAGCUCCGAGUGAAGAGGCUUCGAGCAGAAGCGCGAGAACGAAACGAUGUUGAGCCUACGGCGAAGGCACUCCCGGUGGCGAAUGUUGCCCGUCUUGCUGCUUCUCGGGAUGAUCUGCGGCGGCGAGCUGGCGCCUGUACGCGUACCUGAGGAAACACCGUCGACGUCGUCGUUGUCGCCGUCGUCGUCGACGCCCAAGAAGAAGGACAUCGGCUCACUGAGCGACUACUGGCAAGCGUGGCUCCUGGUGGACACGCAGGGCGGCCUACAAUCCGGCCUCGACUCCGCCACUCUCCUGCGAAGGAUAACGCCGAAGAGCGUGUUCAUCGCUCCGGUGUUACCAGAAUGCGCGGAGGGCUAUCACGCGGACAAGAUGGGCAGGUGCGUGAAGAGUAUAAGCAUCAACGCGACCGCGCACAAGGACUUCAUCCUCGAGCGGCUCAAGCUCAUGUUCGCUAAUCCGCCGGCCUCCAAGAACGAGAAUAAGAAAUCGACCGGUCCUCUGCAGCUCAAUAUCCCUCUGGUGCCCGACGUCGAGCCCCAGUCGACGGAGGUCGAGUUCGAGGAGACGUUCUCGACGAAUCUACCGGACGCGGUGUCGACGUGCAACGAGACUGACCUGGCGGCGGGCGAGGAGAAGGCGAAGCCACACGAGACGAAUCUGUACGACGUGAAGAACGACACGACCUUGGACGAGGAGGAGUCGACGUUUUUUCUCGAGAAUUCCAAUAAUGACGACAUUAAGAAGAUUGAUCGGAAGCCUCCCGCGACGGAAUUUCCAGUAACGGAGUUGAUCGAGGAGACGAACGACACCACUUUCUCAGACGUGGUGGACUACAAGAUCCCGGUGGAUCUGAAGACGCUGUCAAAUUCCUCGGGCGUGAAGAGGGUCAACGCGGAGAGUGACGGCACGGAAGAGAGCGUCUCGACGACAGAGAAGCGGGAGAGCUCCACCGAAUCGUCGCCCACACUGGUGCUGCUGAUCUCGCCGACGAAGCUGACAAAGGUGGACGAUCUGCCGUCGAUGCGGAACGACACCGUCGAGGAAAUCGCGCAGCUGUCCAAUUUCACCUCGGGCACUAACGAGAGCGUCGCCAUCACUGGCGCACCGGACUCCGCGCUUCCGCCUGCCAAGCAACUGACGUCGAUCCCGCUGGACGAGCAGCGCGACAACGAGACGUACGCGGAGGACGAGGUAACUCCGGUGGAGACUGCCAAGCCGAACGACUCGCAGGACGCGGAGUUCUAUGACGAGGAAGAGGAUGACACAGAGGAUUAUCCGUACAGCACGGACGUGCCGGACGAGGAGGAUUCGGCUGAGGAGCUGCUGAAGCACGGCGAGGCCGGCAUGACGAUUCCCAUCACGCGGGACGUCGAGCGACCCGAUCGCCAUCAGCGACAGCGGAACCAGACCGCGGAUCUGAAGGCGCUCGACACACGCGACCAGGUGAUGAUUCGCUUCAACGAUUCCGCGCCUACGGAGGACAAGGACGAGGCGGGGAGUAAUGUCUCCAGCGAGGUCAGCAUCGACGGUGACUUCAUUCUGGAGACGACGCUCUUGGACGUGAACACCGAGAGGCUGCAGGCCACCACCACCACCACCGCCGCCCCUACUACCACCAUCGCCGCCAUCACCACCACCACCACCACCACCACAACGUUGCCGAACGUGACGGAAAAAAUUGUCAGGAACAGCGAGGACGAUUCCGUAGAAUCGUUCGGUAAUCGUAAGAGUCCUGAUGUCAGGCCGCAAGUCUUCUUUUCUCAAGGUCUAGAUCUUUUCCCGAUAUCCGCUAACUCGCACGAGUCGUUUACCCCACAAUUCUCCACGGUGCUCGCGAGGAACAAGAAACCGGAGGCUGCGGCCUCUUCGUCCGAAUCGCUGUUGCACGAUUCGCCGGAGGAAGACCCGACGGUCGAGACACGCACGAGCAACGAGAAACGAUCGAACGUCAAAGGGAGCGUGCUGCAGGAAAGUCCGAAGGACCCAGAGUCAAACGUCCCGGCGAGCAGCUCCGCACGGACGACGAUGAACCUCGACUCGGGCGAGGAUCUGGUGAGAUUUUACGAUUACGUGAGGCAGCCGCAGCAAGACGGCCACGUGAGGUUCCCGUCCAGCGAAGUCAACAGCAUACACGGUCCGAGUUACAAGCAGAACUCGCGCUAUCCCGCGGACGACGACGGCGUCACCAGCACCAAGAGCAGCGUACCCACCCGCCAGAAGCCAGUUUAUCAGUCGGUGUAUUGGAACCCGGUCCGAUCGGAGCACGAUCGCAUCACGGUCGAGGCGGCGACCGGCGACAGGCAGAAUCGGCGACCGGAUCUGAUGCGUUUCUGGAGCAAGCUGCCGCUUAUCAGGGACCCGGCUAUCUAUCCCGCCUACCCGAACAACGAGGCGGCGAGGGUCAACGAGCAGAUCUGGGAAAGCUCUCAUGAUCCAUACGAGCCAGACUUUGGGGGGCAGUCGCGACAGUCGCGAAGGUUGGAUCCCUUCAUGGGGAAAUCGCCGAGGAGCAGGGUGCGAAUGCCGAAGCGGAAGACGCCAAUCGGCGUUUAACUAUCUUCACGUCGCUUUCCUUGAAAGAAAGGUCCAAUGAAAUGUGUUUUGGAACUGUGUGUCAAAUGACUCGGGAAGAAUUUUGAAAAUGCGUCAAGGUAGUUUGCGAAUUGCCGUCGCGUUUAGAUCGCUAUUGUACGAGAGAACCUUGAAGAUAACAUCGAGAGGGAUUGUUGAAACGAAAGACAUUCUGCAGCAAUCUGUUUGAGUUGUCGAAGAAUUCGGUACCGCGUGUAUCGCGCAUGGUAUUUUCUGCUCAGCAAAUAUGUUGCAAACUUCGUUGGAGACUUUGACGAUCUCAGGAGAAGGAGGAAUCCUCUAAGAAGAAUCUAAGUAAUCUUCCCCGGAUAUUGUCUUCCCUUCGUGUGAGAAGAAAACUGGACUCGCUAAGAGCGGAGGGAAAUUCAGAAGCGUACUUAGACGUCCGUUUAUUAAGUUUGCGUCACGUCGCGUCGGCGAUUAAACUCUCAUCCGGGAAAAUCCUUUUCGAGGAAAAUCUCACGCGUGCGUCUUGAUAAAAAAUCUAUGCUGCGCAAUUAAUAGUGAUAAGCGUUCGACAGAGAAAGUAGCGUGGAAGUAGCGAGUAGCGUGUUGGAGCGCAAAAGUAUUUGCGCAAUCGACGACGAAUUUUGUUGCGUUUUAAUCGGACGUGCGGCUUUCUACGGAAAGUUCGAACUGCAUCGUGCAUUUCAAAAUAAGAGGCACCGAUGAGCGUCGGUUGUCACUUGCGAACUCAUUGGCGUAUCCGGCGACAGCGAGAUAUUGAUUGACGUGAAAAAAAAAAUGCGUGUCACUGUGUUUCGAACAGCAAAGUCGUUCGAAUCGAUUUGUUCGAAUUACGACAUUUAACUAGGCUAACAUUUUACGAAACAAGCAAGCGAAAGCUAUGAUUUUCUACGGUACCAUGCGCUAAAAAUAAAGUAAAAAGUAGAAAAAAACACUGCCCCGAAGUAACUUUUAAAUUUUUUUACGAGUGAUUUUUUUACAUUUUUUCGACUGUAGAAAUUAAUAACGAUCCGCGUUUUCGUCACAUAUUUGAUUUGACGUGGGACGCCUGGAUCCCUAUAUUUUUAACUAUCAUUGUUAUUUUAAUAAUAAUAAUAAUCAUUUUCUAAUUUUAUCUUAAUUCUGU